GACGUCCUCCCAUUUUAACUGCGUAUGCGCGGCUCCAGGAGCGCGCCACGAUGGAUGCAGUGGAUCACCGAUCAACGGAAAGAGCCGAAGAUCUGUGUCCAAUCACAGCUGAUCGCAUGGGACAUGUACACGGAUCAUCAGGGCACUGAUGAUCAGUGUGCCCUGUUGAUCUGUGUAGCCCCAGCAGUGCCACCUGUCAGUGUCCAUCCGUACCAGCUGUCAGUGCUCAUCCAUGCCACCUGCCAGUGCCCAUCAGUGCCACAUAUCAGUGCCCAUCUGAGCUGCCUUACAGUGUCACCCAUCAGUGCCAGUCAGUGCCACCUAUCAAUGCCAAUCAGUGCCACCUAUCAGUCCUGCCAAUCAGUGCCACCUAUCAGUGCCAGUCAGUGCCACAUAUCAGUGUGCAUCAGUGCCGUCUAACAGUGCCAGUCAGUGCCACCUAACAGUGCCAACUAUCAGUGCUGCCUAUAAGUGCCAUAUAUGAGUUCUGCCUUUCAGUGCCCAUCAGUGAUGCCUGUCAAUGCCCAUCAGUGCCACCUACCAGUGCCUCCUUAUUAGUGCCACCUAUCAGUGUCCAUCAGUGCAGCCUAUCAGUGCCCAUCACUGCAGCCUCAUUAGCGCACAUCAGUGAAGGAGAAAAAUCACUUAUUUACAAAAUUUUAUAACAA